UGCUCCGAUAGUUUUCUUCACCACAUUACGGUUUUUGCCCUAUCAAGAGCUUCUGUUCUCGAAACCAAGUCUGUGUAAAAGGCGUUCCACUUUAUUUUUAUUCUACGGUUCGUUACCACUCCUCAGUUGUUUUUCACUUUUCAUUGCGCUUUUGAAUUGUGAAGAUUGUCGUGCCUUGUUCCUUGUAAUCAGUUUUUAGUACACCGAACUUCAGCACUUUUGGUUAUUGUUGUCCUACGUGUUUCUUCGAGACUAUGCAGUUUGUUCCCCCUUAUUUCCCCGGUUACGUCGUGAACCCAUCAGCACAGCAGUCCGGUACAGCUGCCACCAUGCAGGCCCAUCCAGGCCAACCCAUGCCGGCUCCGGACAUGGCCAACUCAGCAUCAGCACGUCCCAAGAGACAACAGGUCAAAAAUGCCUGCACCAACUGUCAAAAGGCUUGCAAAAAAUGUGACGACGGUAGACCUUGUGCUCGCUGUGUCAAGCAUGGUCUUGCCGAUACUUGCGUAAGCUCGGUGCGUACUCCAAGAAAGAAGGGUAUUAAACGAGGUCCCUAUAAAAAGAGAAAGCAAGGCGCUAAUGAAAAUGGUGGUGUGGCAACUGCUGCUGUGACUACCGGUGCUCCCGCUGCUCCUGGUAUGGUUCAAUGGCCCGAAGGUUAUGGUCGUAAUAUGCCGCCUAGACCAAUGAAUUACCCCUAUCCUACCUAUGCGGGCGAACGGUAUGAUCCAUUCCACGUCAAUUAUCAGAACGGCCAAAUUCUUCCUCAAGCCUACAUGGUGCCGGCCGCCAUUCAGCAGAUGUAUCCGUCCAACAACCCGGUCUUGUCUUAUCAAGCGGCCAUGAACAUGAUGAAUCCUCAACAAGGGCAGCCUCAAGCUCCCAAUCUUCCUCAUCCACAGCAACAACAGCAACAGCAGCAACAGCAGCAGCAACAUCGUUCCGCUGAAGCUACACCCACCGGUAGUGCCACGCCUACCGAAAAUCCUAAAACCACCGAUUCAGACGAUGAAGGUUCCAAAUUGAAUAUCCUUUCGCAGUUGUGCAGUGAUGUAUUGAACCGUAACGACAAUAAUCAGUCGGGUCAAGGAAAUCAAGCAGCCACACAACAACAACAGCAACCACAAGUAUCCCUUCCACAACAACAGCCGCUGGCGCAACAAACUCAAACAUCUCAGUCGCAACAGUCGCAGACAUUACCACAGCAACAACAACCACAAUCACAAUCAUCGCCAGCACCUGUCGUCAAGGCCGAUGGCACUCAAAGCACUCCUCCUCCAAGCCAUCCUCACACCCGCGAAGCAUCUCAUGACACGGAUGGUUCGGCUAAUAAUUCGUUUUCAUUCGAUCAAGAGGCAGGUUUUGUGAAUGAUCGUGCAGAUAAUGGAAGCUCCAAUUCAGUGUAUGGCACACCGGGUUCUUCUCCAGAUGCUUCUGGCGAGCGAGCUUCCACGGACUCCAACAAGCAAACGGAAUAAAACUCCGAUUUCCAUUCUUAUUAGUUGCAGUUUUUUCUUCUUUUUUUUGGACCUCAUGAGGGUGCAUUUAGAUUUUAAGGUUUUCUUAUAUUGUACAUACAUUUUUCUUCGCAUUAUGAACUGCGUCUAAACAUGUGUCAGUUACAAUGUGCUUUGAACUUUUUGUCUUUGGAAAUGUAUUAACCUGAUGAUGAACAAGCCAGCGUGGUCAGUUGAAUGAAUUUAUCCAACGUCAUAUCAACCAAUGGAUUCUCCAUUGCAACAAAGUGCGACC